AUGAACAGAUGAAAAUGUCAGUUGGUAUUUGGAGUGACUAUUUGUCUGUAGCUAAAAUACAGUUUUUCAAUAUAAGGGUUAUGUAGAAGAAACUGAUGUUGAGAGGUCACUGGCUUCUUUGUAGAAAAGAAGUGACUUGAAAGCCUGCAUUGAGUGGAAACGUGUUUGGGUUUUGAAUCUGAUGGAGAAAGUGAAUCUGUAAAAUGUCAAAGACUUGAGGAAGAAUUAAUGAAACAAAAAUCUGCUAUUGUCCUUGUAGAUCAAGUUAACAAAAUAUAGAUUUACUUUUGAAUACGGAGUUAGUGAUGAUGGGUUCACCAGGCUUCAUCAAAUCUCACAAUGGGUCAAAAGUGUAUUUUACUAAGUUACACAUUUUUGUUUAUGAUAGGUAGCAUAAAGUUAAUGUGUGUGCAAUUUCGAAAAUUAAGUAAAAUUAAACAACAUUCUGCUGUUCUUCUUCAGAAACAUUCCUGCGUAAAUACUGCAAUAAUACUGUCAUGCAGAGUGUAUCCUUUCUUGUUGUAUCCUUUUAUGUGCAAUGUUUCCCACAGCACUCAACCACCUCUAAGUUCUCACCUAGAAUAGGUUUGGGGAGGAGCUUAUGCAUUUUAGAUUCUGAAUUAAUCUAUCAAUUUAAAAAGUAGCACUUUUUCAGGGGAAAAAAAAAUGAGUUAUCUGUUGGGUGAACAGUUGCAAUGAACUUUCCUAAUCUUAAGAGGUGGCUUUCACCUUUCUCCUCAAAGGUCAUGCAAUUUAUUUAAUUUCUGAUACAGUUCCUUAGCUUGUCUGAGCUAGAGGUGCUUCGCUGAUGUGUGUGGAGCUGUGCUGGGCUCACACUGAAGAUGUCAUCUUUUUCUUUAAAUAAAUAAUUAGAAUAAUAUGUUGGUUUGAAAUGUGUCACAAAGCCAUUAAUAAUGUUAUUAAAGGGUUGAUGUGUUUUUAGAACAUUUGAUUACUGUUGUCCUCGUAUGUGAGAAACUAUCUGUGUUGAUUUUCAGUUUGUACAUUUGUUUUCCAUUUUUGAACAGAACAAAAUCUAACAGUGUCUCACAAUGCAGUAAUAGAGUUCAGAACUGAACUAUUAGUCACUGUUACUUCUUUGUUGCUUCUUUCAUCGUUAUCUUCACUGAGGUAGUAUUGGUGAUGGUGACUUACUUUUUUUUGUGGAUUUUGUAUUACAUUAUCAUUUUUCAUUUACUGUAAUAUAAAAUUAACACAGCCUGUACCUACUAAGUCAGUUUUUUUCAGAUACUCAGAAGUCUUAUAAUAUUAACCAUCUUUCAAUUUAGUUGUCAAAAGAAAGCAUGUCACGACUGUUAUCUAGUUGUUCAUGCUGGUAACAUGCCUUUGUGAUGUUCCAGGUUCCUUUUGUGUUCCGUCUCUUUCAAGAGGUCUCAAGCCUGGAGAAGAAGCAGUGUAAUCAUCAGGACUCUUCAACUGUGCGUAGAGCAUUUCUAAAGUAUUUAAGGCAGAGUAUAAACUUUCUCAUCUUAAAGACUCCAAGUAUGUUUGAAUCGUCAGAAGACUUACAUGAGAAAUGGCUUUGCUGGGCACAGUACAACCCCAACACUCAGGCUGGGAGGACGUCUAUUGUGCAUCUCUUUGAAUGGCGCUGGGCCGAUAUUGCUCAGGAGUGUGAACGCUAUUUAGCUCCUAAUGGGUUUGGAGGAGUUCAGAUUUCGCCUCCAAAUGAAAAUCUUGUCAUUGCUGAUCCCUUGCAACCAUGGUGGGAAAGAUACCAGCCGGUCAGCUACAAACUCUGCACACGAUCUGGAAAUGAAACUGAAUUUAGAGACAUGGUGACCAGGUGCAACAAUGUUGGUGUAUAUGUUUAUGUAGACGCAGUAGUCAACCAUAUGUGCGGAGGUAAUGCUGGUGCUGGCAAUCAUUCUACUUGUGGAAGCUAUUUCAAUGCAAAGACAAAAGAUUUUCCAGCUGUGCCGUAUUCUGCCUGGGAUUUUAAUGAUGCUAAAUGUAAAUCUGGAAGUGGAAACAUUGAGGAUUAUCGAGAUGCAUCUCAGGUCCGAAACUGCCGCUUAGUUAAUCUUCUUGAUUUGGCCCUGGAGAAGACCUACGUGCGCUCCAAAAUUGCAGAGUACAUGAACUACCUCAUUGACACUGGUGUAGCUGGGUUCCGGAUUGAUGCUGCCAAGCAUAUGUGGCCAGGAGAUGUGAAGGCAAUUUUAGAUGAGCUGAAAGAUCUAAAUACUAAAUGGUUUCCUGCAGGAGCUAAGCCUUUCAUUUAUCAGGAGGUAAUUGACUUGGGAGGAGAGCCAAUCACAGGCAGUCAGUACUUUGGAAACGGCCGAGUGACAGAAUUCAAAUAUGGUGCAAAACUGGGGACAGUGAUCCGCAAGUGGAAUGGAGAGAAGAUGGCCUACUUAAAGAACUGGGGAGAAGGCUGGGGCUUUGUGCCUUCUGACAGAGCCCUGGUAUUUGUGGAUAAUCACGACAACCAGCGGGGGCACGGAGCUGGUGGAGCUUCCAUUCUUACCUUCUGGGAUGCCAGGCUUUAUAAAAUGGCAGUUGGUUUCAUGCUUGCUCAUCCGUAUGGGUUCACACGGGUGAUGUCAAGUUAUCGCUGGCCAAGAUAUUUCCAAAAUGGACAGGAUGUCAAUGACUGGUAUGGACCCCCAAGCAACUCGGAUGGAUCGACAAAGUCUGUUACAAUCAAUGCGGACACUACUUGUGGCAACGACUGGGUCUGUGAACAUCGCUGGCGACAAAUAAGGAACAUGGUUAUCUUCCGUAAUGUGGUAGACGGUCAGCCUUUCUCAAACUGGUGGGACAAUGGGAGCAAUCAAGUUGCUUUUGGCCGUGGCAAUAAAGGCUUCAUUGCCUUUAAUAACGACGACUGGUAUAUGAACGUCAAUUUGCAAACUGGACUGCCUGCCGGUACCUACUGCGAUGUUAUUUCUGGACAAAAGGAAGGCAGUGCAUGUACUGGAAAGCAGGUGCACGUUUCCUCGGAUGGAAUGGCUAAUUUCCAGAUUAGUAACAGCGAUGAAGAUCCAUUUGUUGCAAUUCACGUUGAUGCCAAGUUAUAACUUCAUUCAGACUUUUUCUCUCUGCUGUUGCUCUGUAUGUAUACUGAUUCUGCCAAUUUUGAUUCCCUGAUGUUGAGUGAUUCUCUGUAGCUAUUGAAAAUAAAUGUCAACCAAAUUGAAGACUUUCACCCCUCAA